CCACCCCACCACCCCACGCAUCGCCGCCUACCGGAGCCGCCUUCCUUCCUCCCCCUCCCUCCCGUGCUCCUCCUCUCCACCCCACCGCACGCCCCAGCCGAACCCUACGCCGGCGCGCGCGAGGGGCCGCCCCGAUCUGCGAGAUGUGGCGCAGCUGCGUGUCGCGGGGCCUCAGGGAGGCCAAGGCCGCCGCCGCAGCCGCCUCCAGGCGCCUCUCAUCUACUGCCGGGUCCUACACGGUGGUGGACCACACCUACGAUGCGGUCGUGGUCGGAGCUGGAGGCGCGGGGCUCAGGGCGGCGAUUGGGCUCUCAGAGCACGGCUUCAACACUGCCUGCAUCACCAAGCUCUUCCCCACGCGGUCGCACACCGUGGCGGCACAGGGAGGCAUAAACGCCGCUCUUGGAAACAUGAGCGAAGAUGACUGGAGGUGGCAUAUGUAUGAUACAGUCAAAGGAAGUGAUUGGCUUGGUGACCAAGAUGCUAUCCAGUAUAUGUGUAGAGAAGCGCCAAAAGCUGUUAUAGAGCUUGAGAACUAUGGAUUACCAUUUUCUAGAACUGAAGACGGGAAGAUUUAUCAGCGUGCUUUUGGAGGUCAAAGCUUAGAUUUUGGAAAAGGUGGCCAGGCCUAUCGAUGCGCUUGUGCUGCUGACAGAACUGGGCAUGCUAUGCUACACACACUUUAUGGUCAAGCAAUGAAGCACAAUACUCAGUUUUUUGUUGAAUAUUUUGCGUUGGACCUUAUUAUGGACAAGGAAGGCACCUGCCAGGGGGUAAUUGCACUAAAUAUGGAGGACGGCACACUUCACCGUUUCCGUUCAACAAAUACUAUUAUAGCAACAGGAGGUUAUGGCAGAGCUUACUUCUCAGCCACUUCAGCUCAUACAUGCACUGGCGAUGGCAAUGCUAUGGUUGCACGUGCUGGGUUACCCCUUCAGGAUCUUGAGUUUGUGCAGUUCCAUCCUACAGGCAUUUAUGGUGCUGGAUGCCUCAUAACUGAAGGUUCCCGGGGUGAAGGUGGUAUUCUUAGGAACAGUGAAGGUGAGAGGUUCAUGGAACGAUAUGCCCCUACUGCAAAAGAUCUUGCAUCUCGUGAUGUUGUCUCAAGAUCUAUGACAAUGGAAAUUAGAGAAGGGCGUGGUGUCGGACCAUUGAAGGACCAUAUCUACCUGCACCUUAAUCAUCUUCCUCCAGAAGUUCUGAAAGAAAGGCUUCCCGGUAUAUCUGAAACUGCUGCUAUUUUUGCUGGUGUUGAUGUCACCAAAGAGCCUAUUCCUGUGUUGCCAACUGUGCACUAUAAUAUGGGUGGGAUCCCGACAAAUUAUCAUGGGGAGGUGGUGGAUAUCAAGGGUGAUAACCCAGACAAUGUUAUUCCUGGCCUGUUGGCUGCUGGAGAAGCAGCUUGUGCAUCUGUCCAUGGCGCAAACCGUCUCGGUGCAAAUUCACUUCUCGACAUUGUUGUAUUUGGGAGGGCUUGUGCAAAUAGGGUUGCUGAGAUUUCCAAGCCAGGAGCGACACAGAAACCUCUUGAAAAUGAUGCGGGAGAGAAGACCAUCGCUUGGUUGGAUAAGCUGAGAAACUCAAAUGGAUCAUUGCCUACUUCGAAGAUCCGCCUCAACAUGCAACGUGUUAUGCAAAAUAAUGCUGCCGUGUUCCGUACUGAGGAAACUCUCAAGGAAGGUUGUGAGCUGAUUAGUAAAGCACAGGAAAGUUUCCAUGAUGUGAAGAUCAGUGACAGAAGCCUCAUAUGGAAUUCAGACUUGAUCGAGACCAUAGAAUUAGAAAAUCUUUUAAUAAAUGCAUGCAUAACCAUGUAUUCAGCUGAGGCUCGCCAAGAAAGCAGGGGUGCUCAUGCUCGCGAAGAUUUCAAGGUUUGCUGCUCUUCUCAUUAUUUGUGCUCUUUUGUGUCUGCACCAAAUUUUGUAACUUCCAUUUCCCUUUUUUCAUCACAGACAAGAGACGACGAGAAGUGGAUGAAGCACACGAUAGGGUAUUGGGAGGAUGAAAAGGUUAGACUAGACUACAGGCCAGUUCACAUGAAUACCUUGGAUGAUGAAGUCGAGGCUUUUCCGCCAAAAGCUCGUGUUUACUAAUCUGGACAUGGCUGCCAUUGCUUCGGUUGUUUGAGAAGGGUAUAGCUCACAGUGUGGUAUUCUCCGAGUUGCAAUAAAUCAGGGACCAUCAAUUCUCUCAAAGCUUUUGGGAAUUGUAAUUUCAUCACCAAUAGCCAAUAUACUCUCCCUGUCUGGCGUAAACUUACUGAAAGCUUCUGAUGAUAUAUGUGUUACCCUUCAGUAGAAAUAAAGACAGACAAAAUUUUGAUGAGUUA